UUAAAAUAAAUAUUAAAAUGUCAAAUCAAAUCGCUUGUUAGUCAUUGAAUGAUUUCGAUUUGAAUGUAACUUAGGCCUAAAUAUUUGUCUUACCUUUGUAGGCUGAUUCGAAAAUUUAAGAAUAACUGAAGGCAGUGUACUCAUUGGCUGAUCAUAUUGAAAUUAGGGUAUUAAAAUGGACUUUGAAGGGAAAUACAACACAAAAAGCCCUGCUGUUAAAAGACUUAUGCGAGAAGCAUUUGAACUGAAGGAUCCCACUGAAGAAUACUGCGCACACCCAGUAGAUGAUAACUUGUUUGAGUGGCACUUCACAGUUCAGGGACCUUCAGGAACUGAGUUUGAAGGUGGCUUGUAUCAUGGAAGGAUACUUCUUCCAACUGAAUAUCCUAUGAAACCUCCAAACAUCAUCCUGCUUACGCCUAACGGAAGGUUUGAGGUUCAAAAGAAGAUAUGCCUGAGUAUCUCGGGUCAUCACCCAGAGACUUGGCAACCAUCAUGGUCCAUACGGACAGCUUUGUUGGCUCUCAUAGCUUUCAUGCCUACGCCUGCCAAUGGGACUAUAGGAGCCAUCGACUACACCCCUGAGGAACGCCAGAAACUUGCUCGCAAGUCACAGUCUUGGGAAUGUCCUUCAUGUGGCAAACUGAGUGAGAUUCUGAGCAAAGAUCCUACUGGAAAACCUGUCACUCAAGACGAGUCCACAAUGAUCCAGAAUGUUGUUUUUAAGGCCGAUGAAACAACUGAGAGUGGUCAGGUCACCAACACUGGAAAUGCUGACUCAGAGAGAAUCAUGAAUGAAAAUGCAAACCAAACAACAAUACAAGAGAACCAACCUUCCAGCUCCCCAGUGUUUGAUUCCCUGAGCAAUAUUUUAAUAGGGCUUAUAUUUGCAGUAAUAGGCUUCAUUGUGUACAGGAGAGUAUUCUGGUUGUAAUAAUCCAAUUUCACUCAACGAGUCUUUCAUUAUUGUUUGAUUACCAUGAUUCAUAGAGUAAAUAUUAAGUUUUUUAUUGUUAAUGCUAUAUGUUAUGAUUUGUAUUGUAACAGAGUGUAAAUUUGCUUUGGUUUUUGCGUCCUCAAAAGUGACAAAAUCUGCAAACUGGUCAAUUCAAAUUGAAAGUCAUAAAUUCUAAAACAAACGAUACUUUGAAAACACCAGUUUGGGUUAAAUCUUCCUUAUAGUAGCUUUCUACUAUGUUUUCAUCUUUAAAAAAUGUUUAUUUAUUAAAAUGACGACUUAGAAUUGAAUUUUCCUAGAUUACAGAAACUAUCGUAGGCCCCUACAUUUCGAUAGUAUUAUAUCAUAAUCAUUUCCAACGCCAACAUUUGUAAAAAAUAAGUGUUGGAUUGUAAAAAAAUAAAUAGAAUCCAUGUUUGAUAGUUUGCACUGAGGUUAUGUUAUUUACGUGUUGGAGAUUAUUUAAGAACAUCGGCACUGAUUGUUCCAUGGCCUACCUGAGCUUCUUUUAAGGUAAGCUAGCUGCUAUCCCUUCAUUAUACAAUCUUAGUCACUUGAGAUUUUAUAGCAGUCUAAAAGUGAGUUAAAUUUAUUUAAUUGAAACCCAACUUGACAAUGUUUUGUCACUGAAUCUUUAGGACAUCAAAACAGUCACAGUGGGUUCAUAAGUGGAAUUCCAGGAGUCAGUAUUAACCAGGAAAUGGAUAACAAUGACAGAUCAUAAAGUAUUUUGACAAUCAUUGGAACUGUAAGUUAUAAACAUAGACCAAAGAAUUCAAGUAAUUGCAUAAGAUGCAAACAUAUAUGUUAAUGGUAAAGAAAACAACUCUUUAUGUAUAUAUUUAGGCUGUUAAUAUAUGUAAAUUCAUGAUAUAUGAAUAAGGUAAUAGUUUUGACCAGAUAAGCUUUGUAGAGUAAAUUACAUAAAAUUAACACUAAUAACAAAUUAUUGUUAUACAUCUAAAG